CGGGCGACCUUCAAGUUCGUGCGUCCGCGUCCGAAACUCCUCAUCGACAUCUUUCUCGUCUUCGUCUUCGUCGUCGUUAGCGGGGGCGGCCCAUACGCGCACCUAACAUACUACUUCUUGCCCAUUUUCCUGCUUUCGAACAUACGCUUGUUGCUGUAAUCGCCACCUAUUUCUAGCAAGGUCUUCACGAGGACACGACCCCAUUCUAAUUCAGCUCGUUCUCAGGACCUGUCUUAAUAACCCCCGGCAGUCGACGCCUGCACCUCAGCACCUAUACUUCCCAAUCAUGAAGAUGCUCUCGUCCACCUCGACGCCAGCAAUGUCCCCCGAGACGUGGCGGCGCGUGCCUACGACGCUCGCUGCCAUCUUCGGGAUCACGAUCCCGUACCGCCCGCCAACGAACACUGUCAGCGCGUUCCUCUGGCGGAAGCGCAUGCUCUUGGAGACGACGCUGGGGCUCUGUCUGCUCGAGACGUGGGAGAAGAUACUGAUGAUCAUCAUCCUGUACUCGAUUGCGGUCCUCGCCCUGACGGGCCUGUACAAGUACGCGCCCCAGUCGGCGGUGUAUGUGACGCAGCGUACCACGUACUAUUUCUUGGGGCAGGAGUCCGACCCCAGCACGGUCGCAGGAUGGGCGACGCGGAAUCUGACAGGCGAGCUGUGAGGUAGCGGUUCGCAAGGGGAGGGGGGGAUGUUGGCGGAUGUUGGAUGGAGAUCUGGUCGUAUGUUAU